AUGGCCUCCUAUCGUUCGUUCACCACUUCUCCGUUUUCUGAAGCUGUUGUCGAAUGCAUGAGGCGAAUAUAUCCAGAAAGUCUAGCUGAUAAAAGCUUUGAUAAUACUGGCCUCUUGCUUGAAGCUCCACUGAAUACGCAAAGACAGUUGAGAAAUUCUGUUUUAUUAACGGUUGACCUGACUCAGGCCGUUGCCGACGAGGCAAUCGAGCAUGGAGACUCGAUCGUUAUUGCAUACCACCCCAUCAUCUUCCGCGGCCUGAAAUCCAUCACUUCCAGCAACACGCAGCAAACGACCCUUCUCAGACUCGCUGCCGAAGGCAUCAGCGUCUAUUCUCCGCACACCGCCGUCGAUGCCGUCCCCGGCGGCAUGGCCGAUUGGCUCUGCGAUAUCGUGACGCGCCCUCGCGACCCACCGCGCCCCGCGGCCGGCGGACAUGCGGUGGCCGACGAACUACUAGCAACCGCCAAAGCAGCGUCGCCGCCGCCGCCGCCGCCUCCACUUCCCCCUCGAGCAGAAUCGCGCUCCAUGGCCUCGCACCUCAUCUUCCCGUCUUCCCAGCUACCAUCGCCCGAAACGGCGACAACAGGCAGUGAAAUCCCGCAUUCGCGCUCGACCAUAUCGCCCAAUCCGGCCCCGCCUCCCGGGUUUGAAAACGCAGGUACAGGCCGCCUGGUGUCCUUCCCCGCCCCACAGCCACUAGGUUCACUCCUCCGUCAUAUUGCGUGCGGGAUCGGCAUGCCGCGGGGGCUCCCACACUUCCCUCUCGCCCUACCCCCAAACUCGAAUCUUGACAUGAAAAUCAGCACCGUGGCCACCUGCCCGGGCUCUGGCUCGUCGAUACUCAUGAAGAACGGGAAGCCCGUUGCCGACUUACUGUUAACGGGUGAGAUAAGUCACCACGACGCUUUAGCCGCGAUCGAAAACGGAUCCGCGGUGGUCUCGUUGUUCCAUUCGAACUCGGAGCGGGGCUAUCUAGGGGAGCGUAUGCGGAGGAAGUUGGAAGCUGCUUUGAGACUGGAAUGGGGUCAGAUGAUCGAGGAUUUGGCUGACUUGCCUGAAACCUCCACCAGUGGCGUGGCAGAUUGUCUUAACGACCCGACUGUUGACGUUAGAGUGAGCGAGAGGGACCGUGACCCGUACGGGAUUGUUGUCUUCCCGGAGGCGUGA